GAGCUAAGAAGUGCAAUCACAGAGAUCACAGAAUCUAAGAGUGUGGAGAGAGGAGAGUGGCCAGGGAGGCUUGGGUCCUGUGGAUGAGAGGGGAGACUCCAGCCUGCAGAGGUGCUCAGGACCAUGGCUGACGCUAUUACCUAUGCAGACCUGCGGUUCGUGAAGGCACCUCUGAAAAAGAUUGUCUCCAGCCAGUUAGGAGAGGACCCAGAGGCCUAUGAGGAUGGGGAACUCACCUAUGAAAAUGUCCAAGUGCCCUCAGUCCCAGGGGGGCCCUCCGGCUUGGCCUCCUCUGGACUAGGGGACAAAUCAGGGUUUAAGUCAGAGCAGCUAACUGCGACCUGGAGCUCCGUGACGUCACAGCCUGUUGGAAGGCUUCUCCCCUGUAGUCCAGCUUGCUUGCGAUACCUCCUGUUCAGCUUGCUCCUCACCUGCCUGCUGUUAGGGGUGGCUGCCAUCUGCCUGGGAGCCCGCUACCUGCAGGUAUCUCAGAAACUCCAGCAGGUGAGCCGUGUUCUGGAAGACACUAAUAGCAGCCUUCAGGAGCAGCUUCACCUAAGGAUAACUCAGCUGGGGCAGAAGGAAGAGAAUCUGCAAGAGUCCAAGAGAAAGCUGGCCCAGAGUCAGGAAGUGCUACAGGUGGCGCAGAAUAAUCACCAGGCUGCUGAGGGGAAGCUAAAGGACUGCCAGUUGGACAAGGAGAAGACCCAGGAGACUUUGCAAAGGGAGGAGGAUCAGAGGAGGGCCUUGGAGCAGAGGCUAAACAACAUGCAGAACACACUGAAACCCUUCUUUAAAUGCUCCCCACAAGACAUGGAACACAUGGCACACACGGCCCCGCAAAUGCCAGGCCACUGCUGUCCAGUGGGAUGGAUACUGAAGGAGAAUCGCUGCUUUUACUUUUCAUCUAUUCAGCAGUCUUGGACGAAGAGCCAAACUUAUUGUAAAUCUCUGACCUCCAACCUGGCCACAUUCAGUGAAAGUUAUUACUCAUCCAGCAGAGAACCUAUAUUUUCACAUGGUGGUUCAGAUUCAUAUUGGAUUAGCCCCACCUCUAAAAAGGAACAAUGGAGGACUUCUGGUUUACAUUAUUAUAGCUCAGGAUGCAUGAAGAUGGAAAAAAUACCAUCAGGGUGGUGGAGUCUGUCAGAGACAUGUACAAGUUCCCUUCCCUUCAUCUGUGAGCGGUCAUCUUUUAGGUUUCCAGACGGGGACCAUUCUUUGCAAUGAAUGGGACACUCAUGCUAACAAGAGCUUGUGACUCUGAUCCCUAACCUGUGGCCUGCACAUCCCAAGAUUGUCAUCUCCAGGCAUCCCCCAAGUGUGGGCAUUGCCAACCAAGGGCUGAUCCACACCUGAAACUUCUAGCCAGCCUGCUUGAAAACCUGUCCCAGAAACUGGACUGAUCCUGGGAAGAGGAUAAAGAAGCCUCUAGAAGGGACUUUGACCCCCCUCAAGAACCUCCCAUACUGGAAAUGGGUGGGGGGAGCAGGGCGCAAGGGCUGAGUGGAUGGGGCGGCCCGGAGCCAGCCAGGCAGUUUUUAUUGAAAUAUUUUUAAAUAAUUUGCA